CUGCCAUCUCCCAACAAAUGGACGUGACAGGCGGCCGCCGGAACCCGGGGAGCGACAAUUACUAAAUCUACUCUACGAUUCAAGAAUCCGACCAUUUUUAAAAAAUUGAAUUGAACGACGUCUCCCUUAAAGGAUAUCGAUAAAGUGCGAGCCUUUAACGCGGGGAGCGCAUUCAACAGUGCGCGCUGCGGAGCCGAAGUAGCGGAGCUGCUGAAAGCUGCGCUGUUGAACGAGGUGGAGCAGUGAGUGCAUCCAUCGACUGGUGAGCGCAACACGCCUCUCCUCUACAAUAAUUCUAUAGUUUUAUCCAUCGGGACUGUCAGGGGAAAUCGUCAGUUUUUGUCAGGUCGCGAGAAAAUGUGAUUUUUACGCACAGAUCAAAGGAUGACGCGCAACCCCAGCCAUGAACGCGGAUGGUGAAGGCGCACCACUGAUAUCUUGAUUUCAAAAAGAGGAAGUUUUUAUUAUUGCGCGUGUCUGCCGUCGACUCAACUUUUUACGUCCCUUUUGCUCAGUGAAGCCAGAUGAGAAGGCAGAGGAGCGGGAGGUGGCUGACUUAACAUGGCUGAGCCGCUGGGGCAUCAGGGGGCGCUGGCUGGAGCUCCCCAAAGCGCCUGAAUCCCAGUUUAGUUGAUUGUUUUUCGGGGAGGUGGGGGGUGGUGCUGGGCUGGCAGGGUGACCAGAAGCCGAUAAUGUCGAAAAACAGGGAGAAAUUCAACCCGGACCCGUCCAUCCACAUAUCCAAGAUGAAUGUGAUCAUCCCGUUUUCACCAGAUGUGCCCUGUGACAGCAACGGCCAGCGGAUGUGGUGGGCUUUCCUCGCCUCCUCCAUGGUCACUUUCUUUGGGGGGCUCUUCAUAAUCCUCCUGUGGAGAACUCUCAAAUACCUGUGGACUGUGUGCUGCCACUGUAACGCCAAAAAGAAGGUCCAUCGGAUCACGACAGGUGAUGGCAUCAAGCGAACUGAUAAGGACGAUCCGGCGGCCAGCGAGGUGGGCUGGAUGACCUCGGUAAAAGACUGGGCUGGAGUCAUGAUAUCCGCUCAGACACUGACAGGAAGAGUCCUGGUGGUUCUCGUAUUUGCUCUCAGCAUUGGAGCCCUUGUUAUAUACUUCAUAGAUUCCUCUGAUCCUAUCGAGUCCUGUCAGAACUUCUACCAAGACUUCACGUUGCAGAUUGACAUGGCAUUCAACGUCUUCUUCUUGCUGUACUUCGGCCUCCGUUUUAUUGCUGCCAAUGAUAAGCUGUGGUUCUGGUUGGAGGUGAACUCAGUGGUGGACUUCUUCACGGUUCCUCCGGUGUUUGUGUCGGUGUACCUGAACAGGAGCUGGCUCGGCUUGAGGUUUUUAAGGGCUUUAAGGUUGAUACAGUUCUCAGAAAUUUUACAGUUUUUGAAUAUACUGAAGACAAGCAACUCGAUAAAGCUGGUGAACCUGUGUUCAAUCUUUAUUAGCACAUGGCUAACUGCAGCAGGCUUCAUUCAUUUGGUGGAAAACUCAGGGGAUCCUUGGGAAAACUUCAAAAAUUCCCAGGCACUUUCCUACUGGGAAUGUGUCUACUUACUCAUGGUUACUAUGUCCACUGUUGGCUAUGGAGACGUUUAUGCAAAAACCACCCUGGGCCGCCUGUUUAUGGUCUUCUUCAUCCUUGGCGGUUUGGCCAUGUUUGCAAGCUACGUCCCUGAAAUCAUAGAGUUAAUAGGAAACCGCAAGAAAUAUGGUGGUUCCUAUAGUGCUGUUAAUGGGAGAAAGCACAUCGUGGUCUGUGGUCAUAUAACACUUGAGAGUGUGUCCAACUUUCUAAAAGACUUCCUACACAAGGACAGGGAUGAUGUCAAUGUAGAAAUUGUUUUUCUCCAUAAUAUUUCCCCUAAUCUUGAGCUGGAAGCCUUGUUCAAGCGGCACUUCACCCAGGUGGAGUUUUACCAAGGGUCUGUCCUAAACCCACAUGACCUGGCCAGAGUGAAGAUUGAAUCAGCUGAUGCCUGUUUGAUCUUAGCUAACAAAUACUGUGCUGACCCUGAUGCUGAGGAUGCAUCCAAUAUUAUGAGGGUAAUAUCCAUCAAGAACUACCAUCCAAAGAUCAGAAUAAUCACUCAAAUGUUACAGUACCACAAUAAGGCCCACCUUUUGAACAUCCCAAGCUGGACCUGGAAGGAGGGAGACGACGCCAUUUGUCUUGCGGAGCUGAAGCUCGGCUUCAUCGCCCAGAGCUGCUUGGCUCAGGGCCUCUCCACCAUGCUGGCCAACCUUUUCUCCAUGAGGUCCUUCAUCAAGAUUGAGGAGGACACAUGGCAGAAGUAUUAUCUAGAAGGAGUAGCCAAUGAGAUGUACACUGAGUACCUGUCGAGUGCCUUUGUGGGCCUGUCCUUCCCUGUAAUUUGCGAACUCUGCUAUGUGAAGCUAAAACUACUACUGAUAGCUAUAGAAUACAAGUCUGAUCAAAGGGAAAGCAGCACCCUGAUAAACCCUGGAAACCACGUGAAAAUGCAGGAGGGGACCUUGGGCUUCUUCAUUGCCAGCGAUGCCAAAGAAGUAAAGAGGGCACUGUUUUACUGUAAAGCCUGCCACGAUGACAUUACUGAUCCUAAAAGGAUAAAGAAAUGUGGAUGCAAGAAAUUGAUAUAUUCCAAGAUGGCCGCCUACAAGAAAAUGAGACUGGCAUGUUGUUUUGAUUGCGGCCGCUCAGAGCGGGACUGCUCUUGCAUGCCAGUUAAUGUGCGUUGUAACAUGGACUCCCCUCAACGCGACAUCCCACUCUCUGCUGUCUCUGUUAAUGAUUGCUCAGCCACUUUACGUGCCUCUAAAAAUAGCUAUAAUGGAUAUAUCAAAUCAACAGUAAACGACGGUCCCCUAAUCCGGUCAUCAACAUAUCAAUACAAGUCAGCUAAACUGAACCACAACUCUGCCAGAGAGGUCUGUAGGGGUCCCUGUAGCGGAGUUGCUGCUGUGUCUGUACCGCUGGUAAACAACCGCAAGGGAAGCCUACUGCCCCCCGCUGAGCCCUCUGCUCUGAGGCUGAGCUUCAUGGGCUCCGGGGACCUGGGCCAGGUGUGCCGGCUACCAGGGGUGGCAGAAGAGGCAAGCCGGCUCCAGCGGGCACGUAGCCUUCCGGUGAAAUACAGAUACCACCCCAGUCACUCCAAUAACGCCACACUCAGUCACAGGCACUUUGAAGAGGACCAACAGUCGGCGUUAUCGCCUAAAAAAAAGCAACGUAAUGGAGGAAUGAGAAAUUCUCCAAACUCUUCACCCAAGAUAAUGAGGCAUGACCCGCUCCUCAUCCCGGGGAACGACCAGAUUGAAAACAUGGAUGAGAACGUAAAAAAAUACGACUCCACGGGGAUGUUUCACUGGUGCCCGUCCAAAGACAUCGAGAAGGUCAUCUUGACCCGGAGCGAGGCAGCCAUGACUGUUCUGAGUGGUCAUGUAGUUGUGUGCAUAUUUGGAGAUGUGAAAUCUGCGUUGAUCGGUCUCCGAAACUUUGUCAUGCCACUGAGAGCGAGCAACUUUCACUACCACGAGCUGAAGCACAUCGUGUUUGUCGGCUCCCUGGAGUAUCUGAAGCGGGAGUGGGAAACGCUUCACAAUUUCCCAAAGGUCUCCAUUUUACCUGGCACACCGUUGAGUCGGGCAGAUCUGAGGGCUGUCAACAUCAACCUCUGCGACAUGUGUGUCAUCCUGUCAGCCAAUCAGAACAAUAUUGACGAUGCAUCACUGCAGGACAAAGAAUGCAUCUUGGCGUCACUCAACAUCAAAUCUAUGCUGUUUGACGACAGCAUCGGGGUCUUGCAGGCUAAUUCCCAAGGCUUCACACCACCAGGGAUGGAUAGAUCCUCUCCUGAAAACAGCCCAGUUCAUGGAUUAGUACGGCAGACUUCUGUCACAACUGGAGCAAAUAUUCCCAUCAUAACAGAACUAGUGAAUGACUCGAAUGUUCAGUUCCUGGACCAAGACGAUGAUGACGACCCAGACACAGAGUUAUACCUCACUCAGCCUUUUGCCUGUGGGACAGCCUUCGCAGUCAGUGUGCUGGAUUCCUUAAUGAGUGCUACAUACUUCAAUGAUAAUAUCCUCACCUUGAUCCGGACGCUGGUAACAGGCGGGGCGACGCCGGAGCUCGAGGGGCUGCUGGCAGAGGAGAAUGCGUUACGGGGCGGCUACAGCACGCCACAGACCCUGGCAAACAGGGACAGGUGUCGCGUGGCACAGCUGGCCUUGUACGACGGGCCCUUUGCCGACCUCGGGGAUGGUGGUUGUUAUGGUGACCUGUUUUGUAAAGCCCUGAAAACAUACAACAUGCUGUGUUUCGGCAUCUAUCGGUUACGAGACGCACAUCUUAACGCUCAAAGCCAAUGUACCAAACGGUAUGUCAUAACAAAUCCGCCAUAUGCGUUUGAGCUGGUGCCCUCAGACCUGAUAUUCUGCCUGAUGCAGUUUGACCACAACGCUGGCCAGUCUCGAACCAGCCUCUCCCACUCUUCACAUUCGUCCCAUUCCUCCAGCAAAAAGAGCUCCUCCGUCCACUCUAUCCCAACCACCAACCGCACCAACCGCACCAAAAGCAGGGACUCACGAGACAAACAAAAUGCAACAAGGAUGAAUAGAGUGGGCCAAGAAAAGACAUGGUUUACAGAUGAGCCAGAGAAUACCCACCUGAGGACCAUACAGAUCAAGCCUGUGAAUACUCUCGCCGUCAACCAAGUCAGUCAGUAUAAAUCCACAAACAGCUUGAUUCCACCCAUCAGAGAAGCAGAAGACGAGUGCUGAGCUCCAGACCCGCACUGACACCUCAACGCUCGGACUCCCAGAGGACUUAUCGUGUAGGUGUCAGACUCGGUAUAUCUUCUCAUCUGCAAACACAAAUCAUCAACUGACAUUAGAAGAGACGAACCAUACUGCUUCCUUCAUUCACCUCUUCAGCAAGCUUAUCGUACAAUCAGUUUUAGAAUCAUAGAUGAAAUAUACAUGAAGACAAUCAUAGUCAACUGUCGCAACCACUCAAAUAUUAGUUUGCACAGCUAAUCUUUAGUGGUGACCAGACUCCAUGACUUUUUUGUUCCAUUUUGGGGAAUGAGGGUCACUUGAAGGGGAACAGCAAUGUAAAAAUUACCACUACUGCUACUAAAGGAGGGUAUUAUUAUGAUAACAAGUUUUGCAUUUGUAAAAGUUGCCUUUUUAGCUGUUGAUGAACAACUACUACUAUUGCAUUUACUUUACCCAAUGUUGCAGAGCUAUUCUGUACAGUAUGUUAAAAUGUGUAUUUUACAUCCAGCUGCGACCCCACCACAAUGGCAUUGUUAGUGACUGACUCUCAGUGAUUCCUUUGCCAUUUGGAGCUAAUUCACAACAUUUGUGACAGUUAAGAUGGCCAGUGUCCAUGUGUAAAUGGCAUUUGGCUCCAGCCUUAUCUCUAUCCAUUUAUAUUUGUCUUAUCUUUGCCUUUUUGACUUGUUUGUUAUAAAUGUUUUCAUGUUGCUGUUUGGUUGCAAUGUCCAAAAACCCCAGAAAUCUUACUAAGUAAAGCUUUUAAGUAUCUGAAAAGUUUCUCCAGGGGUAAAACAUUAGGAAUAUUCAUUUCAUUAUUUUUGUUUUCCUUCUUUUUUUGUCAAUAGCCAAAUAUGAUAGAGCUGUUUUGUUGACGACAUUACAAUAUAACCAAAAAUCUCUCACAGUUUCUAACACAGUGACAGAGCUAUUCAUUUUCUUAAGACACCAUAGACUGCAAAGCAAAAUACUAUGAUAUAGCAUGGCGUCAUAUGACAAGUCUGUAGUUGAGUUGAAUGUAAAAGCCACAUAUCGCAUGAAGUGGGCAUUUUUGAGUCCUCCUUUGGCUGGAAGCACUGCCUGACACAGGAUUGUCUUGGAGGCCAUUAAGCGCUUUUAUGUACUCCAUGACCAAUCUUAAUACCAUAAUCAGACAUGUUCAUGCUUUUUUUAUAGAUACUUGAAAAACAGCUCUAUCAUAAAAAGUGGUUUUGGCUAUUUAUAUGCUCUAAACCAUCUUGGUGAUCAAUAUCUGAUAUAUUCAUAAAACAAACCACUUCCUCACAUCUAAUGAAGCACAGACCAUUUGUUCCUGUUAGUAAGUGCAUGAGGCCAGCAGAGCUAAGAGUGGUUAUUAAUCUUGUCUUAUUUAAGUAAUACAAACAGCUAUAUUGCUACUUUUUUCACUGUACAUUGGAAUCAAAGAAGGGGAAAGAAAGGUAAACAAAUAAACAACAGAAACAAUCCAUAAAAUCCUUAAUCCACACAGGAUGCAUCACAGUCCAGCCUAGCUUUCAUGUUGGAUUUGAAAAGAGAGGUUGUGACAUUUUUACUGGCAGAGAGAACAUCCAAACCAUCCGUCCCUCAGUGCCAGUAAUGUGCCAGGCAGUGCUGAAGCCAACGGAGGACUCCUGAAGACCCACUGCUGCGAAAAGAGGCUUCUAGUUGAACUGGAUUGAAGCAAAAUUCACUUUUGCCGCUAGACUGAGAAAAUGUACUUUCCUCUUUGCUUUCCAUCUUGCCAGCUCAGAGACCAUUAUUUUAAAAACUAGUAAUUUCUUAAUAUGAGGCUGUAAUUCCCUGGAGAUAACUAGAAAUGUAGUAAAUAAUUUGAAGUCUUAAAAGUAUUUUUAAAUGACCCAUUGUCAAUAGCAGAGCCUGAUAGCAAUUCAUUUUUAUGUAUUCUUCAAAGAAAUCUGUAAAGCUUAAUGUAAAAUAUUUCUUUCUAGUGUGUUUUUGUUUGACAGAUAUUCUUGUUUAACAGUAUCUGUGGGGUUGAGAGACAUUCAGCAUUGCAGUCUAGUUUGUAUUAUUUUGUGAUUUUUUUUUAGCACAUUGACUUGUGGAUACAAUGACAGUGCUAAGUUGAUAUUUCUGACUAUGUCAUAAUACCCAAUAAUAAAUACAGUUUAUUGUCUUGUACAAAUAGGCUUGUACAUAAAUUGUACAUGAUUUCAUUUUGUAUUUUCACAAAUUAAAAGCUGACUGUAUUGUG